CAUGCUGGUUCUCCAAGCUGAAGCUCAGGCUCAACCUGCUGCAAUUACAGUUACUAGGUAUACCACUAUUACACAAUACGAAUAUACUGGUGUUCCGCAGUCCCAGCCUACCGCUGGUCCCGAUGGUGAGGGUAUGGGGGCUAGUGCUAGCGUAGAUGAAGACUCCGUGAUGGCCUCUGCUACUGUCUCUGGUAAGGCGGCCAAAGAAACCUCUGUGGAUGCUUCAGAAUCUGGCAUGCCUUCCAUUGAAAGAAUUGCUAAGGACAAGGACAUGAAGCCUACUGCUUCUGUCAACCCCAACGUCAGCGUGUCUUCCAGUGGCACUGCUCUGUUCACCUUCACACCCCUUACUUUGGCUCCAGAAAAGAGCAAGGCUAUGGCAUCUGCUAGCAAGUUUGCUGUGGACCCCCGACCCUCUGUUACCAGACCCAACACCAGUGGCGCUGAUGUUUUGUCAGCUAGCAAGCUUGCUGUUGCUGCCAUCGCUGCAGUUGCUGGUUUGGCAGUGUUGUAAAUGGUGGUCUAGCAAAUCCUCUCUCUCUUUCCUCAAGCUAGCACCCAAUGAAACCUCGCAGUUCACCUGUUCCAUAAUAACCGUCCACUUUCUAUCAUCUGUAUACUAAUCGAAACUUUCGGAUCACUUUAUGUCAAUAGUCGUAGCACAAACAACGAUCGCCGAAAAGCCUUCCAAAC